AAAGUCACUGGAAAGUAUGUGAAGCACGUGUUCUUGAGCUGUUUUGAUCAUCUUCUUGGCUCUCUUUUCGUUGUAUUUACGUAAAAAUAAUCAACUAAGACUUUCUUUUUGCAUUCCCAGCAUUGCGCUUUUUGUGUAAACAAAGUGAAUUUCUUAGUAAACAAUCGCAGAUUCCGAGAAAUUGAGACAAAUAGUCGCCGCCAGACAUAACCUGACCAGAAAUCGCGGAGUGCGUGGAAAACAAAGCUUUUUUCGGUGAAGUUAAGAAUUUUGGAGGAAGCUAAAGAAAUGCCCGUGUCUUGUGGAAAUGAGUUGGAGGAGUCCGCAAAGGCUAGCUUAGUCCUUCAGGAUGGUACUAUCCUGCACGGGGAGAGCUUUGGCCAUCGCGGCGAUGUGGACGGAGAGGUGGUCUUCACGACUUCCAUGGUGGGCUACACGGAACAGAUGUCUGAUCCUUCCUUUGAGGGACAGAUCCUGGUCUUCACGUACCCCCUCAUUGGGAACUACGGCAUUCCGUGUGACAAGAAGACUGACCAGUGGGGCCUUCUGGAGUUCUUUGAGUCCACUUUCAACUGUGCUGCGAUUGUGGUGGGUGAGUACUGCCGAGCCCCAUCGCAUUGGCUCAAAUCCAAGACUCUGGAUGAGUGGAUGCAGGACAAGAAGAUUCCCGGAAUUAGUGGCGUUGAUACGCGAUUGCUGACCAAGAAGAUCCGGGAAUCCGGAGUGUUGCUUGGGCGUAUUGUGCAAGGAAAGGCCGAUGAGAAUUCCUCAAAGGCAUCAUUCUCUGACCCAAAUGCAACAAAUUUGGUGGAUAAAGUCUCCCUGAAGGCUCCAAAGACAUUCAAUCCCGACGGGAAGAUUCGCAUUUGUGCCAUUGAUUGUGGAUUGAAAUUCAAUCAGAUCCGAUGCUUGGCCAAACGAGGAGCAAGAGUUGAUGUCGUCCCGUGGAAUCAUCCCAUCGAUGGGAAGAAUUUUGACGGAUUAUUCCUCAGCAAUGGGCCAGGAGAUCCGUCAAUGUGCAAGGAGACCAUUGAGAACAUUCGCAAGUUCCUCAACAAUUCGGAGACAGUUAAGCCAAUCUUUGGCAUCUGCCUGGGGCAUCAGCUACUCAGCUUGGCCAUUGGGUGCAAAACGAAGAAGAUGAAGUACGGGAAUCGUGGCGUGAAUCUUCCGUGUUUGCACCACGACACCGGCAAGUGCUUCAUGACAUCCCAGAAUCAUGGAUAUGCCGUCGAUGCGGACACCCUUCCGGCGGAUUGGGAAGUUCUCUUCACGAAUGUCAAUGAUCAAUCCAAUGAGGGCAUUGUGCACAAGACUCUGCCUUAUUUCAGCACUCAAUUCCAUCCCGAACACUUCGGUGGCCCUGAAGAUUUGGAAAUUCUCUUUGAUGUCUUCCUCCGGCUCGUUCAGGAGGGAAUUCAGGGCAAAGUAGGAUGCGCCAAGGAUGAAUUGAUCGCAUCAUUGUCUUCCCCAAUGCCAGAUGCAAUCGAAAGACCCACGAAGGUGCUCAUUUUGGGAUCAGGAGGACUCUCAAUUGGACAGGCGGGAGAAUUCGAUUACUCCGGCUCACAGGCAAUAAAAGCUCUUCGAGAGGAGAAAAUUCAAACAAUCCUGAUCAACCCCAAUAUUGCAACGGUGCAGACGUCCAAGGGGAUGGCGGAUAAAGUUUACUUCCUGCCCAUUACGCCGGAAUACGUUGAGCAAGUUAUCAAGGCGGAGAGACCUUCGGGAGUCCUCUUGAGCUUUGGGGGGCAAACUGGGCUCAAUUGUGGCGUUGAAUUGGAUAAAUUGGGCAUCUUCCGGAAGUACAAUGUGAAGAUUCUCGGGACGCCCAUUCAGUCGAUUAUAAUGACUGAAGAUCGAGAAAUCUUUGCUCAGCACAUGGAGAUGAUUGGGGAGAAAGUUGCCCCAUCGGAGAUUGCUCACAACGUCGACGAGUGCCUCCGGUCGGCCAAGAGAUUGGGCUAUCCUGUGAUGAUUCGUGCUGCAUUUUCUCUCGGCGGUUUAGGUUCGGGUUUCGCCAACAAUGAAGCAGAACUCCGGAAUUUGGCUAAUCAGGCAUUGGCUCACUCCAGUCAGCUAAUCAUUGACAAGUCCCUGCGUGGGUGGAAGGAGGUGGAGUAUGAGGUUGUUCGCGAUGCCUUUGAUAAUUGCAUAACGGUGUGCAAUAUGGAGAAUGUGGAUCCUCUGGGGAUUCACACGGGCGAGAGUAUUGUCGUCGCACCGUGUCAGACACUCAACAAUCGCGAAUGGAAUAUGCUGCGAACGUGCGCUCUGAAGGCCAUCCGGCAUCUGGGCGUUGUUGGUGAAUGCAACAUUCAGUACGCUCUGAAUCCCAACAGCGAAGAGUAUUUCAUCAUUGAGGUGAAUGCACGUCUGUCCAGGAGUUCAGCUCUUGCCAGCAAAGCCACGGGGUACCCACUGGCCUAUGUUGCAGCUAAAUUAGCUCUCGGGAAGUCUCUGCAUGAGCUGCGGAAUUCCGUGACGGGCGUCACAACGGCCUGUUUUGAGCCGAGUCUGGAUUAUUUGGUCGUGAAGGCACCACGUUGGGAUUUAUCGAAAUUCGCCCGGGUCACGCGGAAGAUUGGCAGCAGCAUGAAGAGCGUGGGUGAGGUGAUGUCAAUUGGGCGGAACUUCGAGGAGGCCUUCCAGAAAGCCCUGAGAAUGGUGGAUGAUUCAGUGCCGGGCUUUGAUCCGUAUUUGAAGCCCGUAAUUGAUGCUGAACUAAUGGAGCCCACGGAUAAGAGGAUGUUCCAUUUGGCAGCGGCCAUCAAGGCAGGUUACUCCGUGGACAAGCUGUACGAAUUGACGAAGAUUGAUCGAUUUUUCCUGGAGAAAAUGAAGCGAAUCAUUGACUACACAACCUUCCUGGAGCGGCAGUCGAGCUCAAGUCUCAACGGGGAGAUGUUGAUGCAUGCGAAGAAGAUGGGAUUCUCCGAUAAGCAAAUAGCCAAGGCGAUCAAGAGUACGGAGCUGGCUGUCCGGAAGUUGCGGAGUGAGAAGAACAUUGUGCCAUUUUGCAAACAAAUCGACACGGUGGCUGGAGAGUGGCCAGCAGCCACAAAUUACCUGUACUUGACGUACCACGGCAUGGAAGCUGAUCUGGAAUUCCCCGGAGGAUUCACAAUUGUCGUGGGAUCGGGAGUUUAUCGCAUUGGGAGCUCUGUGGAGUUUGAUUGGUGCGCUGUGAACUGCCUGAUGGAGUUGCGGAAGAUGGGUGUGAAGACAAUCAUGAUAAACUAUAAUCCCGAAACUGUGAGCACGGACUACGACAUGUGUGAUCGUCUCUACUUUGAGGAGAUCACCUUUGAAGUUGUCAUGAAUAUCUAUGAAAUGGAGCAUCCGGAUGGAAUUAUUCUCUGCGUUGGAGGACAGCAAUCCAACAAUAUCGCCAUGGAUUUGCAUUUAGCACACGCCAAUGUUCUCGGAACAUCCCCCGAAGCUGUUGAUCGUGCAGAGAAUCGUUUUAAAUUCUCUCGGGCGUUGGAUACGAAGGGAAUCCUUCAGCCACGUUGGAAGGAGUUGACAAAUUUUGAUGAAGCUUUGGAGUUUUGCAAAGAAGUUGGAUAUCCUUGCUUAGUGAGACCGUCUUAUGUUCUUUCGGGAGCUGCAAUGAAUGUUGCUCAUUCGGACAAAGAUCUCGAGGCGUACCUCAGUGCUGCAUCGGAGGUUAACAAAGAUCAUCCCGUUGUGAUCUCCAAGUUCAUCAUGGAGGCCAAGGAGAUUGAUGUGGAUGCGGUGGCGCGUGAUGGGGAGAUUCUCUGUUUAGCCAUUUCGGAGCACGUUGAGAAUGCGGGCGUUCAUUCGGGGGAUGCCACCCUCGUGACACCGCCGCAGGAUAUUAAUGAUGAAACUCUCGCAAAGAUCCGGGAGAUUGCGAAUGAUAUUGCGAAACUUCUGGAUGUGUCUGGGCCGAUGAAUAUGCAGCUGAUUGCAAAGAAUAAUGAACUGAAGGUGAUUGAAUGCAAUGUUCGUGUUUCACGAUCAUUCCCAUUUGUCUCAAAGACACUCGGGCAUAAUUUCAUUGAAACGGCAACAAAGGUGAUCAUGAAUGUUCCCGUUGAGCCUGUGGAUGUGCUCAAGGGGUGCGGAAAAGUUGGUGUUAAAGUUCCGCAAUUUAGUUUUUCUCGUCUUGCGGGGGCUGAUGUGAUGCUUGGCGUUGAGAUGGCGUCAACCGGGGAGGUUGCAUGCUUUGGGGAUAAUCGUUAUGAAGCCUAUCUGAAAGGAAUGCUCUCGACUGGCUUUAAAAUCCCCCAAAAGGCUAUUCUUCUCAGCAUUGGAAGUUAUAAGCAUAAAAUGGAGUUAAUUCCUUCAGUUCGUACCCUUGUAAAGAUGGGCUAUAAAUUGUAUGGAUCAAUGGGAACAGCAGAUUUCUAUGCAGAACAGGGAAUAAAGAUUGAACCCGUUCAGUGGACUUUUGAUUCGGUUGCAUCUGAAGAGCAAAAAUCCGAUGUGGGUGAAUUGAAGGAACUCUCAGCAUUCUUAUCAAGUGAGAAUUUUGAUUUGGUUAUAAAUAUUCCAAUGAGUGGUGGUGGAGCACGUCGUGUGUCCUCAUUCAUAACACACGGAUACAGAACACGUCGUUUGGCUGUUGAUCACUCAAUUCCCCUCGUGACUGAUGUUAAGUGCACAAAAAUGCUCGUUGAAGCAAUGCGUCAAGUUGGUGGAGCACCACGCUUGAAGACACACACAGAUUGUAUGAUGUCACUGAAUCUGGUGAAGUUACCUGGUUUCAUUGAUGUGCACACGCACGUGCGUGAGCCGGGUAAUACAAAUAAGGAGGACUACAAGACGUGCACAGCUGCUGCUCUUGCCGGAGGUAUAACAAUGAUUCUCGCCAUGCCAAAUACAAAUCCCUGUGUGACUGAUAAGAAAACUUUUGAGAUGGUAAAAGAAUUGGCAAAAGCCAAUGCAAGGUGCGACUAUGCAAUUUAUGUUGGAGCAUCUUCAGACAACUACAAUUCAAUCUAUGAAUGUGCUGCUGAGGCGGCUGCUUUGAAGAUGUAUCUGAAUCAGACAUAUUCCACAUUAAUGCUAAAUGAUAUAACGGUAUGGCAUAAACAUCUUUCAAUGUGGCCAAAAGGUGUCCCAUUGGCGAUACAUGCUGAAAAGGCAGCAGUUGGAACGAUGAUCUUUCUCUCAAGUAUUGUUGAUCGUCCCAUACAUAUUUGUCACGUGGCGCGUAAGGAGGAGAUUCACUUGAUACGUGUGGCCAAGGAGAAGGGUUUAAAGGUCACGUGUGAGGUGUGUCCGCACCAUUUAUUCCUUUCACGCGAAGAUAUUCCGCGAAUUGGUGAGAAAUUAUCCGAAGUACGUCCUGUGUUGUGUAGCAAGGAAGAUCAGCGUGCUCUCUGGGAUAAUCUCGAUGUGAUUGAUAUCUUUGCCACGGAUCAUGCACCGCAUACGUAUGAUGAAAAGACACGAUCAGAGAAUGGUCUUCCCGGGUUUCCCAUUCUCGAGACAAUCCUUCCCCUUUUGCUGAAUGCCGUCUCCGAAGGGCGCCUCACAUUGGAGGAUAUUGUGAAGCGUUUCCACCUCAAUCCGAAGAAAAUCUUCAACUUACCCGAUCAGCCAAAUACGUACGUUGAGGUGGACAUGGAUGAAACGUGGGAAAUUCCCAAAUUCACGAAAUACUGCAAAUCUCAAUGGACACCGUUUCAUGGGAUGAAGAUUCGCGGGAAGGUGCAUCGUGUUGUGCUGCGCGGGGAGGUUGCGUAUGUUGAUGGUGAAGUUUUGGCACUUCCGGGAUUCGGAGAGAAUGUCCGUACGUGGCCACGUCGUCCAAAUCUCGACGUACAACUACCCUAUAGAUGCCAGACGGAUGUCUCGGACACAAGUGAUGUUCAAAUUAAUGAUAUUUUCUCCAAAUUAUUGGCUGAACCACGACAUGAUCACCGUUCGGUGUCACCAAUGCAGAGACAUCGCUUGGAUUCAACAAGUGGCCAUGGGGGGCAUGGACAGAGUUUUGCUGGAAAGCACAUCUUGUCCGUUAGUAUGUUCUCCAAGGAGCAACUCAAUGAUAUCUUCAAUCUUGCCCAAACUCUCAAGGCAAAAGUCAACAAGGAACGUCAUACUGAUGAUGUUCUACGAGGAAAAAUCAUGGCGAGCAUUUUCUAUGAGGUGAGCACAAGAACUCAAUCGAGCUUUGCAACAGCUAUGCUACGUUUAGGUGGGCAUGUGGUGUACAUUGAUGAGACAUCGUCAUCAGUGGCCAAGGGGGAGAGUCUCGAAGAUAGUAUCACCACUAUGUCCGGGUAUAGUGAUGUGAUUGUCUUGAGGCAUCCUGAACCCGGAGCUGCGGCUAGAGCUGGUCGUGUGUGCCGUAAGCCAAUUAUAAAUGCCGGUGAUGGUGUUGGGGAGCAUCCAUCGCAGGCACUUCUCGAUAUCUUUACAAUACGCGAAGAAAUUGGCACUGUUAAUGGGUUAACUAUCACCAUGGUGGGUGAUUUGAAGAAUGGUCGAACUGUUCAUUCCCUGGCGCGCCUCUUGACACUCUACAACGUUCAAUUGCGCUACGUGAGUCCACCGAGUCUCGCCAUGCCGGAGAAGGUGACACAGUAUGUGGCUUCAAAGGGAAUUACCCAAAAGACCUACAAUUCCCUCGAGGAGGUUCUCCCGGAAACGGAUGUUUUGUACAUGACGCGAAUUCAGAAAGAGAGAUUUUCAUCUGAAGAUGAAUACAAUAAGGCUUGUGGGCAUUUUAUUGUCACCCCACAAGUGAUGACAGCGGCUAAAAGGAGAAUGAUUGUGAUGCAUCCACUGCCGAGGAUUUUUGAGAUUAGUCAGGAGUUUGACAAUGAUCCACGAGCUGCAUACUUCCGUCAAGCAGAGAAUGGGCUCUAUGUACGCAUGGCUCUCCUUCAGAUGGUCCUUGGACGCUGAAUGCUCCACUCUUACCCCCGAAGAAGAAAAUUCCUCAAACAACUCUUACAUUCCAUAUUCAAAAAAUCAAAAUUCUCUUUAAAAAAUUCCCGUAAUUUUUUUUACAAAUUUUAUAUAAAAAUUAUAAAAAUAUAUAUAUUUCCAAUAACCUUUUAGAAAGAA